ACAGACAGCUACGGAGGAUAUGAGAACCAGCUUUUUAAAGAGGAGGAUUUCAAUGGAGAGGAGGAGGAAAUCCCUCAGUUCAGAGGUCGCGCGAGAGGAGGUUGUGUGAGAUGCCAGCAGGGCCAUUCACUGCAACUGGCUGUCAAAGUCCUCUAUGCAUUAGUAGCGUUCCUGAUCAUCACUGUCGUAGUGCUGGCAUCACUUGUUUUUAGAAAGGUUGACUAUCUUUCUGAAGAAGAGGCAAUCUAUGAUAAGAAGAUCAGCAGUGCUCAGAAAGUUAUAGAUGACCUCUCAUAAAUCAGUAACUGCUCAGGCUGUCUUGAUGUUACCUUAUACAGUGAAGAGAUAAGUCGCCUUAAGCAGGAGUUUGAGGACAUCCAAAAAAUGUUACUGAGCCAAGAGCAGGUCCUGGACCAAGCCUCUCAGACCCAAACCAAGUUAACAGCUACCAGCAAACAGCUUAGCACAGAUAUGCAGAGCCACGUUAUGUCCAUUAAAUUUCUAAACCAGUUGCUGGUGGGAUACCAAGACCAGGUGGAUGGCUGGAAAGAUGUGCUGGAGGAAACAGAAGAGAGAAUGAAAACUCUAACCGAGGAUCAGUAUGAUGUUAAAGCUACUGCACAGCAAAUCAACACGACAGUUGCACUAAGUACUAUGUGGAUUGAUGCCUUGCAGAGAAAAUCAGAUGAGGAGACCCUGGUCCUCCAGAAGUUGACCACCGACUGGCAGAACUACAGUCAAGUUCUGGGCAUGAUUAAAUCUAAUGCGAGCACCAACACGCAAAUCUUACGAUCCCUUCAAAACAGCAUCAUCGCGGACCACCAGAGAAUCUCCAUUUCAUCGGAGAUGUACUACGAUCUCAGUCAGCAGGUAAUGAAUCUACAGGUGCAACUCGACAAUGUUACAUCUUUCAUGGAUGAACAUGAAGAGAACUUGCAUGACCUGCACUACCAUUCCAAAUAUUACGAAAAUCGCACCGGCGAACGUUUCUCUGCAAUGGACGGUCGUCUGAACUCCAUCGAGAUGGAGAUAGACACGAUAUCAUCCAGCAUCAAUGCCACUGUCAGUCACGUCCAGAGCAUGUACAAGUACAUCAACAUUGAGAGCUCCACAUGCCAAAGCCGCCUGAGCAGACAAAUGGAAGAAAUGCAGUACAUCAACAGCAGCGUAUUGUUACUUCUUAAUUCAGCGGACACACUAAAACAGCAGAAUACGUUUUUAAAUGUCCGUUUGGAUGUGGAUGUCAGGAACUUGUCCAUGGUGAUGGAGGAGAUGAAAUUGGUGGACAUUCACCAUACACAACUGAUCAAGAACUUCACAAUAUUGAGAGGUGCUCCAGGACUUCCUGGUCCCAAAGGGAACCGAGGAGAAACUGGGUCAAAAGGAUCUGUAGGACUGACUGGGGGAAAAGGUGAUCGAGGCCCAAUAGGAAGCCGUGGAUUGCAAGGAGAAAAAGGCGCUUCUGGUCCCAGAGGUGCAGUUGGUCAAUCCGGUCCUAGUGGUAACAGAGGACCGACAGGCAGCGCAGGACCCAAGGGAGUCCAGGGUCAACCAGGACCACGUGGUGAGAAGGGCCAGAAAGGUGAUAUGGGCCCACUUGGCAAAACUGGGGUCCCAGGACCAAAAGGUCCAUCAGGAAUCCAGGGCCAGACAGGACUACCAGGUAUAAUUGGACCACCAGGGCCCAAAGGGAAGCCAGGACCAACUGGGCCCCCUGGCCCACCUGGAACCCCUGGACCUCCAGGAGUACAGUAUUCCCAUGAUCAAUCCAGCACGCAGCAGAGAAGCCGACCUGCUGCUGGAGCUAAAAGACAGUAA